AUGGAAAACUUUAGCUAUAAUUCUCAACUUAAUCAGGGUCAAGAUAGCUACACUGGAGAGAAGCCCCAUCAGUAUAAGGAGUGUGGCAAAGCCUUUAGCAUCAGUGCAAAAUUAAUUUGGCAUCAAAGACUUCACAGUGGGGAGAAGCCCUUCAAAUGUGUAGAGUGCGGUAAAAGCUUCAGUUACAGUUCCCAUUAUAUUACACAUCAGACAAUCCACAGUGGGGAGAAGCCCUAUCAGUGUAAGGUGUGUGGAAAAGCCUUCAGUGUUAACGGGAGUCUCAGUAGGCAUCAGAGAAUCCACACUGGAGAGAAACCUUACGAGUGUAAUGACUGUGGGAGAGCUUUCAAUGUUAAUGCAAAAUUAAUUCAACAUCAGCGGAUCCACACUGGAGAGAAACCUUAUGAAUGUACUGAGUGUGGGAGAGGCUUCAGGUGCAGUUCCCAGCUUAGGCAGCAUCAGAGCACCCACACUGGAGAGAGGCCGUUUCAGUGUAAGGAGUGUGGAAAGGCCUUUAGUAGUAAUGCAAAACUCAUUCAGCAUCAAAGAAUUCACACAGGGGAGAAACCCUAUGAGUGUACUGAAUGUGGAAAAGCCUUUGGCGUCAAAGGGAAAUUAAUCCAGCACCAGAGAAUCCACACGGGUGAGAAACCCUAUGAGUGUAAAGAAUGUGGCAAAACCUUCAGGUGUAACUCACAGCUUCGGCAGCAUCUGAGAAUCCACACCGGGGAGAAGCCCUACGAGUGUAAUGAGUGUGGAAAGGCCUUCAACGUUAAUGCGAAGUUAAUGCAGCAUCAGAGGAUUCACACUGGGGAGAAACCCUUUGAAUGUAAUGAGUGUGGGAAAUGCUUUACUUCUAAAAGAAACCUACUUGAUCAUCACCGAAUCCACACUGGAGAAAACCGAAGCCCAGCCUCCAGGAAGCCCUUCCAGCGGCGCGGCCGCAUUCACCUCUCUCGCCCCUCUCCUCGGCUCGCCAAGACGUGCGGCGCUGGCAGCCGGUGGCCGCCUCCCUUCCCGUCGCCCUUGGGCGCGCGCCUUGUCGCCCUGGGAUUCUGUUUUGGCCUCGAAGUGAGAGAGAGCGGAGAGGACGGGCCCGCGGGUCCAGGGCUCGGAGGCCGGCGCUGUGGGCACGAGGAGCCAGCCAUUAAGACGAACAGACCGCCAGCUUGGCCCCUGCUGCCCCCGGCGGCCGGUCCGCUCACUGCAGGGCGGGAAGAAACGAACUAG